GGAUUACAUACUUCCCUUACAGAGUACAGCUUCGGCUCGAAGUUUAUUUUUCUCGUAAACGCGUUUCCAUUUCCUGAAAAAAAAAAAAGUCCUGGAGAUCUUGGCCGCCAAAAAGCAUCCUUCAACAAACGUACCCGACUUUGCACGCGUCGUCAUUGCUCUUCCUCCCCCAAUCCCAUUUUCUCUCCUAGCGCUUGCGCGCUUGGCCCUUCCCAAGAUGAGCUACGGUGGAUACAACCCUUAUAGUGGUAACGGCGGUGGCAGGCAAUACGGUUCGGAUCCCUUCGACGACCGCAAUGCGGUACAGUACGGAGCUGGGACGCACGAGAUGUCGUCUCUCGGUCCGAGGAACUCACCCCAAGUGGCGCAACAGGGUUACGGAUCUCCCGGGACGGCAAAAAAGAUUUUGAUCCUCGAUGAGUGCUACGACAUUCAAAACGGGAUUCGAGAUGUCGAGAACAAGCUGGGGUCGCUUUCCACUCUUCAAAAACGAGCUCUCGACGACACGGACAUGUCUGGCGACUCAAGCACCAAGCGCGAGCUCGACAGACUGACACAAUCUAUCAUGGACCAGUAUAGACGGCUCACUGACCGUCUCAGAGCCGUCAAGUCCGACCCCGAAAGCAAGCGGUACCAGAACCAAGUCGACAAAACGGAACGAGAGCUCAGAGGCGCGAUCCAGAAGUUCCAGGAACUCGAGGCGGCAUCCCGCAGAGAGAUGGAGGCACAGAUGCAGCGCCAGGCCCGUAUUGCGUUUCCCGACGCAACCGACGCAGAGAUUUCCCAGAUGGUGAACAGCGAAACGCAGAUCUUCCAGCAAGCCGUCCUGGGUAGCCGUGGCGAAAGGGCGAAUCGCGUGCUCGGCCUUCACAAGGAACGCAAACAGCAAAUGGAGCAAAUCGAAAGACAGCUAGAAGAACUGCUAGACCUCAUGAGCCGCGUUCAAGAAAUGUUGAUUCAGGAUGAAGUGAAGAUCCAAGGAAUCGAGACGGCCACGGCGGAGGCAGCCACGAAACUGGAAGAGUCGAACGUUCAUCUUGAGACGGCUGUCGCAUCGUCCAGGGGAGCACGCAGGAAGAAGUUCAUUUGCCUGGGCAUCUGCGUUCUCAUUGUCGUUAUCAUUGUUGUUGCCGUGGUCGCUUAUAUCAUGGUCAACCGUGCAGCAAACGGUGGUGGAGGUGGCGGGGGCGGUAACAACAAUAGCAACAACGACAACAGCAACAACAACGGCAACACCGGCAAUACCGGCAACAAUGCCAACACCGGCAAUACCGACAACACCGGAAAUACCGACAACACCGGCAACAGCGCCAGUAACGAUGCGACUAGUGGCAGCCAAAAACGCAGCCUCUUCCGACAUAAUGUUCUGGACGACCUCCAGAUGAACACUGCCCGCGCUGUUCAAAUAAAUCCGGACGUUGCUCCGGUCCCACGGCUCCCGAGGCGGCUCGCCAGCAGGGCACAAGGUCCAGGAAUGGCGUCCAAUGCCAAGAUCGAGGCUUGGGCCAAAAAAAGAUUCGUCGUCGACUGGGAGGGGCCUGAUGCCACUGGGUCCGACGACUGAAGAUUUGAUGGUUGAGUCAGCAUAUUUUCGGACGUAUUUGCCGUAAGCGACACGGCCGGGCGAAGUGAGAUGUGGCUUCCGCUUACAGGCCCUUUUUAUCGACACUAACUUGAUUGGCUGUCUUUGGAAUACGGGGACGGGUAGGCAUCUUCCUGCUCCAGCCCAGCAUGUCUUGGUCGUUAUCCCAUGUCUCAGUUUCCCUUCUGUUCUCUUCUUGGGUGUUUUUAGCAUGGCGUGCCGUUAAUCAGGGAUCAGGGGCGUUGUUUGGAUUGGGAGUGAUAGUUUUCGAAUUACCUCUUCAAUGAUGCUUUAUGACGUUUUGUAAUGGAAGUCGCGGUCCCGUCACAGAUUUUCGGAUGUCGGUGGUUGAAUAUGCGCCUCAUAGACCAGUUUUUCUCCGACAAUCUAAAAUCGAAGCCCACGGGGACAUGCUUGGAUAC